CCCCGCCCACUACUAGACGCCACACCAUCAUCUGUUUAUGUUCAGACCCGAGAACCUGAGAGAUUAGAUGAGAGGAGAGGAGAGGAGAUACACAUACACAUACACGGCACGAGCGUCGCGGCAGUUAUUUUAAAGCCGUAAUCGCGUGUAUUAUGUUGUCGUUUUUUUAAAAAAAAAAUUUUAAUCAGCGUGCGCGAGACCGGCCGUUAUUCCGCAGCACUAACGUCCUGAACUGUCUGUAUUUUACCCUGAAACAUUUACUGAAAGUAUUCGCACCCCUGUCUUUGUUAGCAGGUGGCUUUGUUAGCUAGCACAGUGUGUACUGUGUGUUUUUAUUGUUUUGUUUGUUUUUUUUUGUUCUAACCGCUGGAGCUAACGGACCGGUACCGAGUCUUUUGUAACGAACCGACUCUUCUGGGGGGAAAAAACAACUCGUUAUCAGGGAUCCACGCAGCGUUGAUGAUGAAGAUGCAGCUGGCGAUGAAGCUGAGGCGAAGCUGAGAUCGACCGUGUGACUGUGUAGUGGUCCAAGCUGGAGAGCCGGAAUCCUCGCUCACACACAUAGAAACACACACACACACCCACACACACACACCGUGCCCAUGUUUUCUCCCGAGCAGGAGAACAUCUCCACCUCCUCCUCCACCAAAGUGCCAAUUAAAUACGGAGAGCUCAUCGUACUCGGGUACAAUGGCUCGCUCCCGAACGGAGACCGCGGAAGACGGAAGAGCCGCUUUUCUCUCUUCAAACGCCCCAAAGCAAACGGAGUCAAACCCAGCACUGUCCACAUAGCCUGCACGCCCCAAGCAGCCAAGGCCAUAAGUAACAAGGACCAGCACAGUAUCUCCUACACUCUUUCCCGAGCGCAGACCGUGGUGGUAGAGUACAAUCACGACAGCAAUACAGACAUGUUCCAGAUCGGUCGUUCCACUGAAAGUCCAAUAGAUUUCGUGGUGACGGACACCAUCCCCGGCAGUCAGAGUAACUCGGACACGCAGACCGUACAGAGCACCAUCUCGCGCUUCGCCUGCCGCAUCAUGUGCCAGCGGACCCCACCCUACACGGCCCGCAUCUACGCCGCCGGCUUCGACUCCUCCAAAAACAUCUUCCUCGGGGAGAAGGCAGCGAAAUGGAGAACGUUAGAUGGUCAGAUGGACGGCUUGACGACGAAUGGCGUAUUGGUGAUGCACCCACGUAAUGGCUUCACCGAGGACUCCAAACCCGGCGUAUGGAGGGAGAUCUCGGUGUGCGGUAACGUCUUCACGCUCCGGGAAACACGAUCCUCACAGCAGCGUGGCAAAAUGGUGGAGAGUGAAACCCAGGAGCUGUCGGACGGUGCUCUGAUUGACCUGUGUGGCGCUACGCUGCUGUGGCGCACUGCUGAGGGUCUUCGGCGUGCACCCACUCUGAAACACCUGGAGGCGCUGAGGCAGGAGCUGAACGCAGCGCGGCCGCAGUGUCCCGUGGGCCUCAACACACUGGCGUUCCCGAGCAUGCGCCGGUGCCAGGGCGCCGUGGCCGAGAAGCAACCGUGGGCGUACCUGCAAUGCGGCCACGUGCACGGCUACCACGACUGGGGCGAGCGGGGCGGGGCCGGGGGCGGGACUGAGCGCGAGUGCCCGAUGUGCCGCGCCCGUGGGCCUUACGUGCCGCUUUGGCUGGGCUGCGAAGCAGGGCUUUACGUCGACGCAGCUCCGCCCACUCACGCCUUCAGCCCAUGUGGCCACGUGUCCUCGGAGAAGACGGCUGCGUUCUGGAGCCAAAUCCCGCUUCCACACGGCACACACACCUUCCACGCUGCAUGCCCCUUCUGCGCCCAGCAGCUCAGCACCGGCCACAACCACGUCCGACUCAUCUUCCAGGGGCCCGUCGACUGACCUUCGACCUUUUCUAGACCUUCCAGAAAGAGCCUUGGGGCCGUGCAGUCUUCUUUUUCCCCAGCUCACGACCGUCAACCGAUCUUUAUUAAAGCCACACACCGUUUUCUUCCUCCACGCAAAACGGAGAGCCGUGUACCCUCUCUCAUCACGCGUCGCUCUCUUUAUGUUUCUGUCCCUCCACAAAACCGCAUACUUCUGUGUUAAAUACUGUCGAAAUACUACACCUGAUAUAACUCUCCUAAGCUAUGCCGGUGUUCUCUUUGGGCGCGGUGCAGAAUUUAGCAGGGUAGUAUGUGGGUUUUCUUAACUCUUGGACAAUUUUUUUUUUUUUUUUUUUCCUUCCUCUGCUUUCUAAGUGACCUUUUUGUAGUGAAUUUUUCUUAAUCCAGAAGACGUACAGAGAAAUAUAUAUUUUCACGUGAACCUUAAAAAGUACCUGAACAAGGCAAAAAAAAAACAAAAAACAACAAAGACAAAAGAAAACGAGGCUUUCGAAUACAAAUGGAAGUGUGAGCUGCCACAGGAAGUGCCCAGGCGAUCUCGGGGAGUGAACCGAGAGGCUCCGAGUGGGCUACAGUAAUAUAUUACAGUGUUUCUUUGCUAAUAUGCUAAUUGAAAAAAAACAAAAAGGUUUUACUCAAUUUUAGUGAUGCAAUAAUCAUCCUUUACACCAGAGUGUCUGUGAUUUUAUAACACGAACUUAACACUUACGAGUCGAUUCAUCACUGCUGCAAAAAAAAAAAAAAACAACAACAAAAAAAAACAAAACAGGAAACGCGUUUAGAUUUUAGAGAUGUUUUUUUUUUCAUGUAAAUCAAAUAUGCCUAACUUAAAAAUACUUACCGUUUUUAUUUAUGCAUAGUAUCGAUGUUAAUCAAAUGUAAAAUUAUUGUUGUGUACUUUUUGGAGUUCCACUCUGUGUAUCUGCCCUGUUUUUUGUUUGUUUGUUGAUGUUUCUUGUUUAUCAUCCCAUGUGAAGCCUUGGCUGUGCGCACUCAGUGUUUAUGUAGCUAACACACGUGUGAGUGUGUGUGUGUGUGUGUGUGUGUGUGUGUGUGUGAGUGAACACUUCCACCUCAAAGCAAUAGUCUGAGGGCUGAAGACGCAAGCAGCGAUGCGGGAAAUGAACUGAACUGUGCAUCGGGGCCUGGAAUAGAAGUGUUAAAUUGUAGGUCGGUGGUUCGGCCAGUGAUGGCGCUGUUGAGUAACCGUAGUUUAAGUUUAAGGGGCUUGUAGGAAGCCUGCAGUGAUUGGUAAUUUGAGGGUAUGUAAAAUGAAAAGGAUAAGUGGUAUUUGGGAAGUCCGACCCCCGCAAGUCAGAAAGCUAAAAAAACAAACACAGAUCUGUCCCUUUAAUCACAGACCAAAAACCACACGCCCGAAAGAUCCUUUAAGAAACUCUGCUGUGUGUGUGUGUGUGUCUGUUUGAUUGCCUGCUGUUUGAAUGACUUGCAGCGGUAUUUUACAGACUAGACUCGACGUCACACCACGGUUUUUCUGUCGACGACAAAUCAGACGUUUCAUAAAAUCAUAACGAUUGGAAGGCAGCCAUGUUAAAGACGCUCUCCUUCAGCAUUCAGUGUCUUCUACGGUGUUUUGUUCAAAUUUGACUCGGAGCGCUUGUUGUCUCCAGUAAACCCUGACCUCAUGCCCGUACGGGAAGUCGGCCCGAGUCGAGGUUUUAAAAAUGUUUAAUUAACGCUCCUUUUAAGAGCUUGGCGAAAAGUUAGGGGAAGUUCAUUCCUCCGCCGGGUUUCCUGUACCCUGUAACCCCGUCACGCCGUGAUUCACCUCCACUCAGACGGUUAUCAAAGCUAGCACUUUCUUUACCGCAUUGGAAAAUGAUCAGAAAUCGUCCCUGCGGUCGAAUCGCGCGAGCUCUCCGCGUGGUACGUGUCCGCUACACGCUCGCUAACACGGGAUGUUCAUCUGCCAGAACUUCUUUUCCGUUAGCACGCCGCGUCCCUCGAUAGGAAAACGUCCCAUCAGGCUCAUACCUAGUAAAGACUAGGUGUAUGAACACUUUCCCGCUUUGGAAGACCUUCAUAUAAAUCAGGAGACGUUUGACUGUUUGUACAGGACUUCUUUUUCGAACCCUGACGGUAAACCCCAGGCAGUUUGUGUCCUAAAGAUUUCGAGAGCGAUUCCGUCCGUAUGUUUAUCCUGACCAUUGAUGAUAUCAGUAUUAAUUCAUUUCUAAUAUAUUCAAUACCGUAUCAUUUGACUUCCCCAGCCGGCGUCGAGUGAGAACACCGAGCCUGUUUGAGUCGUAUACGCGACACGUAAGAUCGUGCAGAUCAUAAAUUUCCGCGAUCUAAAUGCUGCUGUACUACGAUAUCCGACCCACUUUCUCAUACGUCAGCGCCUGCCACUUUAGCGAUGGAACAGCCCCGCUUUACGUCCAAAUUAUUUAUUUUGUUAUUUUUUUUACAGGGACUUGCCUUACAGACGUCGUGAGAUUCUACGCACCAGGAGUCGUUCCUGAGCUGUGCUUCCCAAGGACGCGCUGUAGGAGGUGAAACCAGCGAACUUAGCUCGCACCGAGGAUGAAGGACGCCUGGCGGCUGAUUUAGUGGUCGUUCAAGUACUCUUAUCGUCAUUCGUCAAUUCAAUGCACUUAACUAGCUCGCUUUGGUAUAGUUACUUUAGCUACCACUUUUUAGCUAGAUAGUUAGUUAGUUUGGUUCCCAGGCAACCGAGACAGGGUUUUAACCGGAUUUUCGUACUCGCCCGCUGGCUCGGUAUUGCAGUCGUUAUUUGUCCGCUCCACUGCUGAUGAUGCUUGGUACAGUUUUGUUCUCUCCUAGCAGCUGCAGGACCCUCGACGACCAUUUCAUGUUGUUUAUUAAGUAGAAGCGACUCUGAUCUGAGAGGAGGAGUGUAGUGCUCCCGUCCUGGCCCGAUCGUUUCCAUCGUUUGGGCUUUUUGUGUGUGCUUGAAGAACUUUUUACUCUGUUCCACCUGCGUGAGAGUUUCAGGAGACACACAGCAGAACUCCAAGCACCAGAUAUAUGUGUGUGUGUGUGUGUGUGUGUGUGUGUGUGUGUGUGUGUGAGUGAGAGAGACUGAGUGAAAUUUGAACGGCCAAGCUUGAAAAGAAUUUCUUUUUAGAAUAACUUUUAUAAGCUUCCCAAUUUUGUCCUUUUUUUUUUUUGAUCGUCCCAAAUCGAACAUGACCGUCCUGACGAGUCCGAGACAAUACCGACGCUUUCUGCCUUGACCAGACUGCAUCACACUACAACAGAACAAGCAUUUAGACUGUUGUCCAUCAUAGAGUAGAUGGAAGACUCACUAGCAAACAGACUGACAUUAACGCUAACGUUAGUGACGGCUACCUCGGCGUCCGUUGCUGGCGUCACCGGAGACCGUGUCGGGUCUCUUCGUCUCCGUUCAUAAAACUUCAGCAUGGUCUGGUCAUCGAUACGGUCAGAGGCUCGAUUCUCCACACUUACACCAUGGUAUCGUAAAUGCUUGUGCUGUGAUUACCAGCUUUGAGAAUCCUGGCCCUGGCGAGCCUUCGCAGCUGUUGAUGGCUGCUUCCAGCAGCUUCGUUCCUCCACGCGGUCACCUCGCGCUCUCUCUGAUAUUCCUCAUGAUGAGGAGACGCUGUUAAUUUCACCCUCCGCAGUGCUGGGUCUGCGACCUGCUGUCCCGAGUGCAGAUUCCUGCCGUUUCCUUCAGCUCAGGGAGAACUCCCCCCCCACCCCCCUUCUUUUUGGAAGCAGCGUUCGAUAACUCGGCCUGCUUAGGAUCUGUCCGUCCUGAUUAAACCUCUUGCUGAAGCCCUUUACAUACAGUACGUUCAGCGUUUCUAAACAGUGCUCGCUGCAGCCAAGGCCUGAGGAUACCUCUCUGAUGUGAACUUCUUACUGACCAUCACCCCCUCCCGUCCUUAAUCCUUCAUCUCUGUCGUCCUCCCCGAUUCUCUCUGUAGUGCAGAAAGGGCUCUUCUUCUCCCUCCCCUUCCCCUCCACGCCCAUUUGGUUUGUUUUAUUUGUUUGUUUGUUUGUUUGUGUGUGUGUGCAUGGUCUCUGUCGUUAAGAGCAUCGUUUUCGAGAGAAUUCCUGUGCUUCACUCCGAAAGCUGACAAGGUUACCGAUCUGAUGGCUUUUGUACCAACUUGAAACAAUAAAAUGAAAAAAACAAGAA